AUGGACACAGUAUUUCACUUCUUCCACAACCUUCAAACCGAGAAAGCCCUCUCCAUGCGCUUCUCCACCCUCUUUACCGGCGUUGCCAAGACGCUUCGCCUUCUCCAGCUAUGCGCCUCUCUGCUUCUCCUCUGUUGGAUCCUCUCUCGUCUCUCUUCCGCCCUCCAAAUCUCCCGCCUCUACUUCCACAGCCUCGCCGCCCUCAUCGCCAGUCCUCUCUUCGUUUUCUUCAUUUCCAACGCCAUCAUCGCCACUCUGUUCGCCAAUUCCCGACGAAUAAUCGGCCACAACUCCGGCGCUCGCAAUGCGGAGAUGGAACUCUUCCGCGAGUUCGCCAAGCGGAACGCUGAUCAUGCUGAGUUACCAUCCGAAGUCGAUACUGACCAGUCGCGCGUGGCUGAGCAGAUAGAUUGCCAGGACAAGCAGAUUGUCUCUGACGACAACACUGCUCGUACAUUUAGGGAUCGGGUUGAAUUUGACACGCGCACGGAUACCGAUUCAGUCGCAGAACUAGAAUCUGACUGUCCGAAAGUUUAUCGGCGAAGUCAGUCGGAGAACUCGACGGGAGCCUCCAGGAAAGAGGUAACGCGGAAUCUCCGGCGAUCAGAGACCGAGAAAUGCCGAGAAAUGGCGAGGCACUGCGAAAAUCCGCUGGAAAAUUUGUACUCGCAUGAUAAGCUGAGCAACGAGGAGUUUCAGCGCACAAUAGAGGCGUUCAUUGCGAAGCAGAUGAGGUUCCUGCGAGAAGAAUCGCUAGCCAUCGUCGUUCGGAAACAGAGUUGA